AUGCGAUGGGAUGGAGUCUCGUCCAUCAUUUUGCUUGGGAUUUUGGUGGCAUCAACUUUUGUUCUGGUCAUCCUCAAUAGCACUGGAUUUGACACUGUCUCCAAGACAAUUUUAACCGUUCCUACCGAAAAGUACGACCCGAGUUUAGUAACACGAAGGCCGGGAAUAGCAGGUCGACCAAUUGAAGCCAUUGCGAACCCAAAUUUUAAAAAUGGGCAAGGCAAGGAAGUGCGAUAUAAUGUUGUAAAUAGAAGAGGAAAUCCCGUUGUAAGCAGUGGUAGUGGAGCUAAAAGAGGAAAUGGAACUGCCGUGGCUCAAGGUAUGACCUCAAAUGUCACAAUGGAUGCAACAACUCCAUCAGAUGAUCAGAUCGCGAAACAGAAGGCCGAUGAAGAAAGGAAACAUGAGAAUGAGGAAAAGCUCACAAUCCUGGAUCCGGUAGCCAUGCAACUUCAUAACCUCAGCGAGUCGUAAGUCAUUUUUUGUUUUUGUCAUAUUAUUCUAUUGUACUAGACGAUCCUCCAAAAAAACCCCGUUUCUUUUCAGUUUGACCAAUGAAACGAGCAAGGUCCCGAUCAUAGAAGAAGCCGCGACCCAAUCAGAAGAGAAGAAGGAUGGGCUGGCCAUCUUUUUCAUCCUCUUUGUCAUCGUUUUGGCCACGCUUCUUGUCCAUGUUAUCAUCGUCACUGAAUUCCACUAUAUGCCAGAGAGUUUGGCAAUUGUACUGCUUGGAGCUGCUAUUGGAUUUCUCUUGUCGUAUAGUAAAUGGGAUUGGCGGGAAGUGGAGACUUUCAACCCGAACUUCUUCUUUUUGGUUCUUUUACCUCCAAUCAUCUUUGAAAGUGGUUAUAAUCUAAAUAAGGGCAACUUCUUUGCAAAUAUUGUCCCGAUUUUGUCGUUUGCUAUUAUUGGCACGGCUUUGUCCGCAUUUGUCAUGGGAUUUGGAGUCUGGUUCUUGGGAUAUGUAAGUUUAUUUGCAUUUUUUUUGAUGUUUAGGUACCCAAAAUCAAGCACAGUAUAAAUUGACGGUUUUGACUUCAUUUUCUUUCAGAUGGGAGUGAUCUACAAACUGACCGCAGUUGAAAGCUUUGCUUUUGGAUCAAUGAUAUCCGCAGUGGACCCCGUUAUCACCUUGGCCAUUUUCCAGGCCCUCAAAGUUGAUGCCCAACUAUACAUGCUGGCCUUUGGAGAGUCGAUGUUGAACGAUGCCGUUGCGAUUGUUUUGGCUUCAACUGCUCUAGAAAUGAAUAGCCCUCAUUUGGCUGAACUCUCGUCGAUGGAUAUGGCAAACUAUGCUUUCUUGAGAUUCAUGAGCAUGUUCUUCAUAUCGGCAUUGUUGGGAGCAGCGGUUGGAUUUAUUUCGGCUUUGGUAUGAAGGGGCUGGAAUGGGAUUAGGGAGCUUUAUGAUGGUUAUUUUACCCCCAAUUUUCAGCUCUUCAAACACGUCCAUCUUCGUCGAACUCCCUCCCUCGAAUUGGCCCUCCUCAUCGUCUUUGCCUACCUUCCAUACGGCAUGGCUGAGGCCCUCUCACUUUCUGGUAUAGCAUUUUUUAAUUUUAACGGAUUUGAUUAUUCAAAUUUUAAUUUCAAAAAAUUUUCAAUAUUUUCCAGGAAUUAUGGCAAUUUUAUUCUGCGCAAUCACCAUGUCCCAAUACACACACUUCAACAUCUCGCCGAUCACACAGCUCACCAUGCAACAGACUUUCCGGACCUUAUCCUUUGUCGCCGAAACUUCGACUUUUGCAUAUCUCGGUCUGGCCUUGUUCACAAUCAAAUUAGUAUUCCAACCUAUCUUCAUGGUGUGGAGUGUGGUAUGUCACGCUUUAUUUUGAGUUUUAUUCGAAGUUUAGAUCCUUCUGUUCGUGAGCCGAGCCGCCAGUAUCUUCCCCAUAUCGUAUGUGGUAAACAAAUGUUCGAGUCGACGAAUCUCGAUGAAGAAUCAAAUGAUCAUGUGGUUCAGUGGGAUGCGAGGAGCCGUGGCGUUUGCUCUAGCCCUUCAUAUGCAGUUGGAUGACCCGGAAACGAAGCGAAUGAUCUUAACGUCGACUUUAUUCAUAGUACUUUUUACUGUAGUCUUUAUGGGAGGAAGCGCAUUACCAUUUAUCAAGUUCUUGAACAAAUUCUAUCCUGAAGAACAGGUCUUGAGAGCAAAGAAGAAGUCGAGAAAACAACGGGUGGAAAAGAAAAAGAAGGUGAACAAAGUGGUGUUGUCCAAGACGAAUGAGAUGGCUCUGAUGGAUCAGUCCGAGUUCACAACGGAAUGCGAGGACUCAGAUGGAUAUAAAAGUGACGCGACAGCCGAUAAUUUCUUUACCAGACUGAACGAAAGAAUUGUGAAGCCACUUUUUGUGAGAAGGGUCACUUAUCAGGUAAGAAUAUGUUCAGUAAGGGAAACAGUGGUAUUGUGCGUGUUUUGCAUUAUGUUUUUUGGGUCAUAUUUUACAAUUUCUAGGAACGUCAAGAAAAUCGCGCUCGUUUCCAACACUUGGCCUCCGAACUGAUGAAACGCCCAAAUCGACCAAAUCAAUCGAGCUCAGACGAUGAAGAGUACUAUUUACCCACAAAAUCGUCGAGAAGACCACUAAUUCCAAUGUGA